AUGACUAGAAAGAAGGUGAACCUUACCUACAUCACUAAUGACAGUGCUCGAAAAGCGACGUUCAAGAAAAGGAAGAAGGGUCUUAUGAAGAAGGUGAGUGAACUCACCACCCUUUGUGACAUUGAUGCUUGUGCUAUUGUCUACAGCCCCUAUGACUCCCAGCCUGAUGUCUGGCCUUCCCCCUUGGGAGUCCACCGCGUGCUUGCUCAAUUCAAGACCAUGCCUGAAAUGGAACAAAGCAAGAAAAUGGUUAACCAGGAGAGCUUCUUGAGGCAAAGAAUCAACAAGGCUCAGGAACAGCUCAAGAAGCAAAAGAAGGACAAUCGUGAAAAGGAUAUGACUCGCGUCAUGUUCCAAAGCCUAACCGGAAAGACCCUCCAGGGCUUGACCAUGUCAGACCUGACUGACCUCGGCUGGGUCAUAGACCAGUACCUGAAAGACAUACAACUCAGGGUGAAGAACAUCAAGGAAGAAGCUGUGAAGACUCAGAACCAGGCGCAAGGAGCACAAGGGGUGACAGCUGCAGCGGAUCAUAGAAUGGCAGCGAUGAAGAAUAAUGGUGAGGGAAGCAGCAGCAACAUGGCGAUGAAGAGUGGCGAAGAGGGCGGCAGUCUGCAACAUGCAGCCCCGGACAUGCAAGCUCUGGAUCAGGUGCAUAACUUGGAGGCGAUGCAACUCCAAAUGAUGCAGAUGGCAACUCAGAAGCAGCAAAACACUUGGUUCAUGGACAUGCUGAAUGCGCCACCGCCACCUCCGCCACAUCCAGAUCAUCAUCAGCAUAUGGGGUUUACCGGGGAGGAAAUGUUGCUUCAUUUCGCGGAUCAUAACAAUAGUACUAUGUGGCCAAAUCCUCUUCCUGCUGGCGGCUUUAAUUUUCCUUGA